CGAAAAUGUUGGUAGAGGUGUUGUGUAUGAUGAGAAUUUUUGGAAAGUUCACGAUAAGUACAGCAAAUAUUUUGUGGACUGUUUGUCUACUUUAAUUACUGGCGCAAGUCUUCUCCUGAGACAUGGCUGGGAGAUUCUCCCGCACCUACUCGCGUAAGCGUCCUCAACCUGCUCCUCCCAUCAGUCAGUUUGAUGCUCUAGUGAAGGAUGGUUCAAGUGUUGCUAGCAAUCAACCGGCUGCCACUAAAACUGCUGGUCAUAUUGGCAAAUGGGGAAUCACUUCAUUCACAUCACUUAGAGCCAUAAAUGGAGGAAAUGAAGAUUCUUCUAAAAAGCAGCAGCUUCCGGGAAGUGAUUCUCCAAACUACUUGCAACAAAACCUACCUGAAGGGAUGCCAUCAGUCUUAAACCACUGUGAAGCUGGAAUGUCCCAUGUAGUCAAGCCAGUUAUCACUUACAAAAGACGCAAAUUUUUCAAAAGCAGAGGUGCCACAGAGGAAGUUUCUGCAGCUCCACCUGUAGAUUCUGGUACAACACUUCCAACGACCAAUUUUGUGAAUACCAGUGGUUGUCAAUUCAACAAGAAUGCCAAUAGCAGAAGCCAGGCAGAAUCUACGAACGAUUUUGAUGCUUUGUUAUCAAGCUCUCGGGGUGUUUCAUCCAGCAGUACACAUUCAAUUGAUUAUAAUCGUUCAAACAGCUAUUCUGCUACUACCAAUGCAGCUGCAGAUUUACUAGUUCAGCAUGCAAAUGUUCCUCAAGCACGGCCAUCCACCACUUUGGAAAAUAAAUCAGGCAACAGUGGCAUAAGACUAAAAAUUUUCAAAAGUCGGAAUACCAAGUCAACAUGGUCAGAAGGACAAUACUCAAGCAAAGUUGAGCUACCCAGUGAUGAUUCAAGGGGUACAAGUAUAUCCAGCAGUGGUGCUAGUUCUCCAGAAUCAUUUGAAGUUAAAGAUGAGGAAAAGGAUAAUGUGCGUGACACAUUUGGGCACAUUACACCUGCUCCUGCUAAAGUGCAAGAAAUGACGGGGAAGCCUCGUUUCUCAGUUUUAUCUCAUAUUGAUCAACCCCAAUCUUCCAUAGAUUCCAUAUUCCCCAUCCCCAAGUCUCCUGCUAGAGAUAAUUCUUCUAUCUGUUUAAACACUCUAACAAAUUCAGCUAACAUUAACAUUUCUUUAGACUCUAGUGCAGAAUUUGGUGAGAUUAUUGAUCAAAGUACUGGUUUACCUAGUUCUUUGUAUGGCACCAAAGAUUCUUGCUCUGAUGAUAUGGCAUCUUAUGCCUCUUCUAGCAUAGAAAAUUCAUCAAAUGAUGCACUAUCUUCAAGAAAAAGCUACUCAAGAAAAUUGUCCUCUUCAAUUCCUAGCGAGGAUGAAACCAUCAAAAAGGUUUCUAUGUUAUCUGACCAAGACGAUCUUAAUAGUGAAAGAUCUUCUUUGUCUGACACAGCUGUAGAAAAUGACCAUAGUACAAACUGUUCUAGUUCAAGUUCCUCUAUUAUAUCAUCUUUAGAAAGAAGUAACAAUUAUAGUAGAAAUGGUACCAAAAGUUAUGGAAACAAAUUGAAACCUAAACAAAAUACUUGUAGCAGAAGACGCCCUUUAGAAAACGACUUCCCCAAUGAAAAACUCCCUCUAGAUGUUAGAAACGUUAGCAGUGACAGGGCUAUCUUGAAACCAAUCACUGAAGAGAAAUAUGCAUCCAGUAACAAUUCUGUUUUGAACGAUGCUGCUAAUGUUGAGUCUUCAAUCAACAGUUUACCUUCAAGAGUUACCACCAAGCACGAGCUAUUUUCUGAUGACUUUAAUGAAGACGAGAUAAUUGACAGAACUCAGCUUGUUAACAGUCCUGUGCUCGAUUCUGCAAUUGAAAGCAAUGGACUAUUUGUGUCUAAUUUUAAUGAUAAGACUCCUCAGGAAGUGGAAUCGUCAAUAAUAGCCUCUAAUGCUUCAUCAAAUAUUAGUUCUUAUUCUGGGAGUUUGAAUUCUAUUGGCAAAGCAGCUUCAAUGCCUGCUAGAGUUGGACAUCUGAGGUCAACUUCUAGCGGACUAUUCAAAGACAAAGACGCUCCCAGUACUGCUAGUGAAAUGAAGCUCCCUUUGAGCCUGCCAAAGAAGAGGAGCAUAUUCAAGAGCAGGGUGGUGCAAGAAGAUAGCUGCAAGAAACGUGCAACGUACAACCACAAGUGGCACAGCUCAACAGAUGAGAAAGAAGUCGAUGAAAUUCUCUCCAAAAAGGCAUCAAGCUCUCAGUCUAGCGGCGCUUCUACAGACAAAUCGCCCUCAUUGUUUGAUGAUUUUGAUUUUGAUGGCAGUUCUGUUUCAUCACUCAGAAGGGUUCAGUCGUGGUCAGCCCAGCCCUCCAAUUCUGUUCUUCCCAGCUUAGACUCGACUUCUGAGCCUGGCUCUCAAGUAACGAGCGUCAAGUGCCACAAAUCUGCAAAAGAGUACUACACUGUCGUCAAGAACGUGAAGAAGCUGCACCAGCUGCAAGAGUCGGGCGAGUUUCAGGAGUUUAAUGACGAUGUUGAGUAUUUCUUGGACGCACUCCGAAGCAGCAACUCGGCAUCCACUCGCUGCCUUGCUGCUCUGAACCUGGCGCAGAAAUGCAUGGUGCCUGCCUUCAGGAUGCAUCUCAGAGCUCAUGCCACCGUAUGCAAGUUUUUCAGGGCUCUACAGGACGCUCAUGAACACCCGGCUCUGUCACUGUGUUCGGCGAUGGUGAUGUUUGCACUGAGCCAAGAUCGCCUCAACAUGGACCUGGACCGGGACUCCCUGGAGCUGAUGCUGAACUUGCUUGACAGCGACGGUGGGGACGAAAGAUCCUCGUCAGGCGCUUCAGGAGGUUCGGCCAAUGGCAGCAGCCAGGCCGUGAACGAAGCCAUGACCAAAAUACGAGAUUUGUGUGAACAGCUGCAGAAGAAGGGUCACGCCAAACACCUCGACCUCGACAAUCUCGACACAGGCACCUUGGCCAUGGAAACCCUGCUGAGCCUGACGUCGAAGCGAGCGGGCGAGUGGUUCAAGGAGGAGCUGCGUGAGCUAGGAGGCGUCGACCAUCUUGUCCGCACCGUCACGUCCUCCGUCAGACGGCUCGUCUCCUCCAAAGUUCUGCUUGGACUAAACUCCUGGGACUCUAACAUGGCUGAGACUUUUUCAAAGAUUGAGAGAUGUUUGAAGGUCCUCGAAAAUGUGACGCACCAAAACGAGUCGAACCAAGACUACCUCAUGCAGUACCAGUCAGGGGUAUUUUCCACGACACUAAUGGAUCUCUUCAGGCUGUGUCACGAGCAAAUACCCGUGGCAGCUGCUGCGUCUGCUCACAGUGAAGCUGCUGUAGCGGCAGCCAACUCUGUUGCCGAGCCAAUUUGCGUGACGGUCUCGGGGCAGAAGCGGCAUGCCAUCGCCACCAGCACUCCUAAGAAAAGGGAUCAGGUGGUGUCAGCUCUUCAAGGCAUUUCCAGCGCUUUAAUUACCUCUAUGAAGGUCUUAGUCAACCUGACUCAUAACUCAAGGAAAUUGGGACUUGGCAGCAAGACUUUUGGCUCCCAGCCUGCAACCUAUGACAUCACACUCAGCUGCUUGCUCCAGCUGCCGCAGUAUCUGGCGGUUGACACCAAGUUUGAGGUGAUGGUGCUGUCGUGUUGUCUGCUGCUCAACCUGGUGGAGCACAGCCCAGAAAAUCGCAUCGCCCUCAUGCAAGCCUCCGAGCCUGCUCAGCUCAAGCCUCCUCAAGACAACGAAAAAAUAUUCAGUGUUCCGUCCACAAGAAACAAACAUUCUCAGCAGAACCAAGGUGCAAUGAAAGCACUGGUGCAGAUUUUCUUCUCGUGUGAAGCUAGUGCCAAAGAGCACGAAGCGCACACGGAUCAAAUAAUCGACAGAGAUUUAGACCAGAGCCAACGUAAGAAGGAAGACUCCAAAGAGGACGAGCUUGAGGAAACUGUGGCUAAAUUGCUGCAGAAGGCUGGUCGUCACAUGGAGGACACUCUGAUUGCUGCGUAUACUGCCCUCCUCACGGGCUAUUGUAUCAUGGAUGAUAAAGAUUGCGAAGCUGCUGUGAGAAAGAUGCUGCCUGAAGGCCACUUCCGUACCAUGGUUGCGGUGCUUAAGAAAUUCCUACACUUCAUGAACCUCACUGCAACCACAAGCCUGCUGCGGUCACUGGCGCCCACGCAGAAAGUUGUGCGCUACAUGGAGAAGCUGGACCCGCCUCUGAAGCCCUCGACGUCCGUAGCUGAGCGCGAACGCCUCGAGCAGGAAAAGAGGGACAGGGGCGAGGACACUGAUGAUGAAGACCUUGAUUGUUCAGAUGAUCAACCUCCAUCAGAUUCCUUAGUAGAUGCCUUUGGAUUUUAAACAUGUGAUUCCGAUGAUAUGGAGGGCGCUGAUGAUAGAGACCUUGAUUGUUGAGAUGAUCAACCUCCAUCUGAUUCUUUAGUAGAUGCCUUCGGAUUUUAAACAUGUGAUUAGGAGGACACUGAUGAUGUGGAAGACACCGGCGCGACGAUACUGAUGAUAGAGAUCUUGAUUGUUCAGAUGAUCAACUUCUACCAUUGGGAAAAGUUUUGGUUUCUGCAAACGAAUUCUACCACCUAAGUUUCUCAGAAUUUUUGGGAACGUUUUUUUUUAAUAUUUCACAUUUUCCUUUAUAAUUCAGUGAGUACGUGGUAUCUCUUAUCAUAUCACUUACUUAGACUUUUGCGAUAGAUCUUUCUUUUUGCCUGUGUUAAAGGUGAUGAUUUUCUUUUUGAGUCUGCAUGGGUAUAUAUAUUUAUGAACUAAUUAUUUGUGUUCUCAGUCUAGUUUUCUCUUCAUUGUUUGUGCUUUAAGUUAUUUUGUUACUGUUAACAGCACCUAAACUAGUUGUACAUACACGGAAUGGUUUUUAGAUUGACUGCAGAAUAAUAUUAAGAAAUAAAAAUGCUUGAUUACUUAUAUUUCUUCAAAAUUCAACAAUUGUUUUCAAAUUCUGGCAUGAAUGAUUCAAAUGUUGAUGUUAAAGGCGAAUGGCUAUAUUUGUUUGCAUUAAAAUGAUCUAGGAUUGGAUCAAUUGGGUUUAUCAAUUUGCCUUAGCUGUAAUCGCUUAUAGAUGCUAAAUUCUGUGAUGACGUUCGUCGAUAUUUAAUGUGCUGGGGGAUUUUUUUUUUCAUUUGGUACUACUUUACCUUCACUGAGGCGAUUAUGUUCAAGCGAAUUGAUUGGGUAAGGAUUGUUUUUUUCUGGUGCUCAUUUCUUUAUUGUGCAUAUUAGAAUGCGCAGUGCUGUACGUUGUUCUGUGUAUAGAGCACCGCUCUCACUGAAUUUACGAGCUCUUUUCUUUUAAACUUUUCAUGCCGUACGACUCGUCACUGUGGUCUCACAAUUUAAUUUACUGAAUAAUUAAGGGCUUGUUUUGAUAAUUGUACUUAUUUGACUCGGGAGUAUAAAAUUCAAUGUAAUGUGAGGAACUUCCGCUAUGACAAGGUACAAAUUAAGUGUUUUGUGAAAGUAAAACAGACGUCAAUAUUUUCCACCCUCUGGUUAGUGUUGUCCGGAGUUUUCUACAUGGAAUGUAUUCAAAUUUCAGCGAUGACUGUAAAUAGUUGUUUGCUUAGAGGAAUCGUACAAAUUUUCUUAGCACCUCCAAUUUAUAAUGUAAAUAAGCAUAACCGUUAUUGUUAUGUUAGAGCGUAGAAUAGUGUAGGUCUAGCUCCAAAAUAUUUAUCUGGAGUGUCAGCCCAAGCUCCUGAAUAGCUCCUCUGCGUGACCAAGUCACGACGAUCUCUUAUUUUUCGCUUUAUUUAUUUGAUGGGACUUUCAGUACCACAACUGGAAUGCUUUUCCUCAUGAGCUGAGUGGCCGGCAUGCGUUUUCUUGCGUUGAUGUUAACGAGUUGUACAGCACUUGAUCAGGGUUACAGUUCUGACUUUAAUAUAUAUGAAAGUUUCUUAUUCUUUUAGACAUUAGUCGAGUCAAGUAAUGUUUUUUUUUUUUUUUUGCAAAUAGUUGACUGCUAGAAGCUUCACACGAGCCUCCUGAUCAAUCUACAUAAAAAUGUUCAUCUUUUUUUGCUUUUAUGAAUGCUUAUUGAUUGAAACUUCAAUUCCUUCCGCUAAUGUUUGCGUGAUUAUGUUAUGCGUGUGUUGUUUUUUCAAACUGCACAUUUAUUCAGUAUAAAUCUUCAUUUCUCUUCUGGGUGUGAUAAAUUUGCUUAUCACAAUCUUGAGGUAGAAUUUCAUAUUCCUGGAGUGGCUGUGGCGGAAGGUAACAUUAUUGAUCUACAGUUGCGUUAUAAAAUCAAUUGGAACACGAAACAGAAACUGACGAGAUUGAUGGUUGCUGUUCAUUCCUUCGUUCUUCAGUAUGAAUGCAUGUCCUAUAAUUACUUGACGUUCUUUUCGUACCAAAAAAUUUUUUGUAUAUAAUUCUGUAGCUUUUGUUUUAGUGAGGAAUAUGUAUUUUUGGAUUAUUAGGUUUCGUAUGCUCAGUCGUCGCCCGUUCCAGGGUGAAUUUUUUUUAGUUGAGAGCGUAAUGAAUAGCUAUUGUUGAAGAUAAACAUAGUGAAACUGGUCAAAAAGUGGAUCAUUAGUUCAAUUUCGUACUAUAUAUCAAUGAAUCAAUUUUUUUUAACGUUUUGUAAGUUAUGAAAAUGCUAUUUUGUAUCCUAAGGUGAAUGAAUCUAACAAUAACUGUCAUAAUUUGCAACGGAAUAAUUUUUUUACAGCAAUUUCUGUGAAGGGUAGGAAAGCAACUGCAUGAUCAAACAUUUUUUCAUCACAAAUUUUGACAUAAUUAUUUUAUUGCCUAUUUCUCAUUGCGAUUGCAAAGUAUACUGUAAAAACGUG